AUGGCGGACGUCGACACCCCCGUCACCCUGCGAACUCGCAAGUUCAUCCGUAACCCCUGCUUGGCCGUAAGCAGAUGGUCGUGUGAGUUUGCCCCUCCAGAUAUCUCUGUCCCAACGAAGGAAGCGCGCACGAAGGCAACGCCGGAAGAGGAGGAAGCGGAGGAGAGGAGAAGCAUCGCCCAGCCGGCAUACCGAAGCACACGACAUAAGCAUGACAUCCUCCACCCCGGCCGCGCCAACAUCUCCAAGGAUGAGCUCCGCGAGAAGCUUGGCUCCCUCUACAAGGCCACCAAGGACCAGAUCAACGUCUUCGGCCUCCGCACCCAGUUCGGUGGCGGCAAGACCACUGGUUUCGCCCUCGUCUACGACUCCCCCGAGGCCAUGAAGAAGUUCGAGCCCCACUACAGACUUGUCCGCGUCGGCAUGGCCAACAAGAUCGAGAAGGCCAGCAGACAGCAGCGCAAGCAGCGCAAGAACCGCCAGAAGACUCUGCGCGGAACGGCGAAGGUCAAGGGUGCCAAGAAGAAGAAGGAAUAA